AUGCUGCAGGAGAAGGCUGUGACGGAUAAAUGUAUGAGCCGGGUCCAGACAGGCAUGGAGACUGAUCUCCUUCCAGACCAGUCACAACUGGGUCUAUCCAUAGCUUCAACGGUUCCCAGCUCCAGUGAGCCUGAACAGAGCAUUGAAAACAUUAAGGCUGUCCUUCAUGAGAGGGAAUUAUGGAAGAAAUUUCAUGAGGCCAACACAGAGAUGAUCAUUACUAAAGCAGGCAGGAGGAUGUUUCCUAGCUACAAAGUCAAAGUGACCAGGAUGAAUCCUAAAACCAAGUACAUCCUACUUAUUGACAUUGUCCCAGCUGAUGACCACCGCUACAAGUUCUGUGAUAACAAGUGGAUGAUUGCUGGAAAGGCAGAACCAGCCAUGCCAGGGAGACUUUAUGUUCACCCAGAUUCCCCCGCCACAGGAGCUCACUGGAUGAGGCAACUGGUAUCUUUUCAGAAACUCAAGCUAACAAACAAUCACCUGGACCCUUUCGGGCAUAUCAUCCUGAACUCUAUGCACAAGUACCAGCCCAGACUACAUAUAGUAAAAGCUGAUGAAAACAAUGCCUUUGGAUCCAAGAACACUGCCUACUGUACUCAUGUAUUUCAUGAGACAGCCUUCAUCUCUGUAACUUCGUAUCAAAACAACAAGAUCACUCAGCUGAAGAUAGAGAACAAUCCAUUUGCCAAAGGUUUCCGAGGUAGUGAAGAGGGAGAUCUGCGUGUUUCAAGACUACAGGGGAAAGAAUAUUCUGUGAUUUCAAAGAACAUGGUUCGCCAGAGGCUUCUCUCCUCACAUAGUCACCUUGCAGGGAAGUUUGGAGCAGGAGUUCUAACAGGGCACCCUCAAGUCCUGUCCUCUUAUCAGUAUGAGACUGGGGUUCCAUUGUCGAACUCAGACUCCCAAGAUCCCAUGUCAAAUCACUUCCCUCAGAGCAGAGAUCCCAGCCUUCUGUAUCACUGCUUCAAACACAGGGAUAAUGCCCGACACCUGGAGCUUGGAUGUAAGCGGUCAUAUCUGGAGACAUCAUCUGCAGGCUCAGAGGAGCAUUACUUUCGUUCAGGUCCCUCAUAUGAAUCGUCCCUACUGUCUCAUCCAUACUGCACAGAGGCAAUCACCUCUAGAGAAGCUUGUAUGUAUGGCAGUGUGGAAACAGAGUGUGGAUCUGGGCCGGGGGACACAGAUGAGCUAACCAACUCCCCUUCGAUAAAUUGCAACAUGUGGGCUACAAUGCAACCUUACCCUCACUAUAGUGUGGAGGGUGUCCCAUACCAGCCCUUCACUGCUCACUUCACCAGCACUGCCACAAUCAGACCUGUGGUACCACAUCCCACUUCAUCCAUGGUGUCAAGGUCACAGGUGGAUUUGGGUGUCUACACCUCUGCUUCAGCCCAGAAAGGUCUGCCUGUCAUACCUCAAUCGUCCUCUUCAUCAAGCUCUCCAGCUGUUUCAGGAUCCAGAGAUAGGUCAGGUCAUCCACCUCUGUACCACAAGAAGCCAGGGUCACCGUUCCAGCCUCUUAGAGAUUUCUCAGCCUAUGCCACACAAGGCACUAUAUCCAUCCAGGAUCCAUCCCAUCAAUAUUAA